AUGGAUGCUUCCUCGCAGUCGAAGCCUGAGCAGUAUUCAUGGCCCCCUGUGAAUACUUUCCAGCCUCCGUCCCAGCCAGUCGGUGCCGCAGAGCAUGAUCUGGGCCAUGGUGCCCGCAAACGCCACCUAGUGGGAAGAGCAAACGGCAAUGCUGAUGACGAGAUUGAUCCUGCUCCUAUUGGCAAGGAUACUGCCUCUGGCACGCCAGUCCCAGCUCCAGCCCGGAGCGGCAGCGCAAACAAUUCCACAGACACCGCGACUACCGGAAGGAGCCCUUCCACUACAAAGACCUACCAUCCUCCCGGCAAAGCGAAGUACUUCAAGUCGCGACUUAUCAAGGACAAGAGCAAAAUCGACAAGCCGUGGCUGUACGAGAAGAGAGACCCCCGAGAGAAAUGGCAGACGAUCAUUCCGAUGUGCGGCUUCCUGAUUGGACUCGGUAUCGCUGGGUUUCUCAUUUGGGAGGGUUACCACAGUGUCUCGCGGAAUCUCUAUUGCGAGGUCAUGAGCGACAACUUCUCAUCUGGUAAACUCAACGAGUCGGUGUGGACCACUGAGAUCGGCGUCAAAGGGUUUGGCAGUUCCUUCGAACAGACGACUAAGGACAUAGAGAAUGUUUGGAUUGGCGACGACGGAAUACUGUACCUGAGGCCCACCCUACAGGACGAAUUGCUCGUCAACAACGACACCGUCAUCGAUCUUCGCAAUCGGGGCUGUCAUAGCAAGGACUGGACUGACUGUGUAGCGACCACCAAUACUACCAACGGCACCAUCGUUAACCCGGUCAAGUCUGCCAGUGUCAACACUAUGCUAGGAGGGUCCAUCAGGUACGGCCGUGUUGAAGUCACCGCAAAGCUUCCCGUGGGCGACUGGUUGUGGCCUUCAAUCAUCAUGUACCCGAAGAAUAAUACAUAUGGAGAAUGGCCCAAGUCAGGCCAGAUCGAUAUCGCGCAAUCCCGUGGAAACAACUUCACCUACAAGCAAGGAGGCAACAACAUCAUCGCCAGCACUCUGCACUUUGGGCCGAACGUUGAGCUCGAUGGCUGGUGGCGCAAUAACGUCAAGAGCACAGCUUACCGUGAAACCUUCUCUGACCGCUUCCACAAGUUUGGUGUUGAGUGGACCGACAAGUACAUCUUCACGUACAUUGACACACGCCUCCUGCAAGUCGCCUACACGCACUUCAAGAAGCCCUUCUGGGAGUACGGCGACUUCCCCACAGCCGACCGCAAUGGAACCCGGUUCGUCAACCCCUGGGAGUGGGGCACGCACUCGGCGCCGUUCGACCGGGAGUUCCACCUUGUGCUCAAAGUAGGCGUUGGUUCAACCAACGGCUGGUUCGAGGACAAUAGGUCAGGCAAACCCUGGCUGGACCGUGAUCACAAUGCCGCGAAACUUUUCUGGGACGCGCGUAGGGAGUGGUACCCUACUUGGGAGAAGCAGGGCUGGAUGGAGAUCUCCGAGGUCAAGAUGUGGCAGCUGGCACCGCACCAGGGUUGCAAGCCGGAGAAUGCGCAGAGGUUCGUGGGUUAG